CCUAAUGAAGACCGUGUCCGUCAAAAACACCCUGAUCAAUUCUAACUCGAUUACAAUAAAAUCGAACCGAUCUGUUAUUUGUACAUGUAUCUUUAUGACAAAUCAAAUAUGCAUGCGUGGCUGCUCCCCCCACGCGAGGAAACAGACAACGCGAUCGACCAUGACAUGUACGAGUUGGGCUGCCAACAUGCACGAGACGACAACCAGCGCGUUGACAAGAUGGUCCGACAAGCUGAGCAGAUUCGGCUGCGGGCUCUCGCCGCCGGCGACGACGGCGCCGCACGACGAGCCACGGCCACGGGGUUGGUUCACCGGGUUCGCUGGCUUGGGGGCUGCUCUCCUGCUCCCUCCCGGCGGAGACGACGACGAGUCACCGUGUGCGUCGUCGAGCUCGCGUGCCGCCGCCGCCGCUGAUCAGGUGGUGCCGGAGGAGCCGGCGGCGGCGGCGGACUGGGCGACGACCCUCCCGUGCGUCGCGUUCCCGUCGCAGCACGGGUACAUGGUCUUCUCCCUCGCCGAGGACCGCAUGCUCCGCGGCGUCCGGCUGCGCCCGGCGAGCGGGCGCCGGGUCGUGCCGUCCCCGUACGGCGGCCGGAAGGCGCUCGCCACGGACCUGUCGUGCUUCAGGCACCCGUCCCGCCUCGUCGACCCGUUCACCGGCGAGUCCGCGCCGCUCCCGGACCUGCCCGUCCCGCUUGGGGAGACGAGCCCGACGUCGUUCGAGCCCGAGGAGACGCGCGUGCAGGGGCGCCGCCGCGCUUUGCCGCCCACCGACGACGGGUUCGCGUGGGACCGGUCCCCGCGUGGCGUCAUGGUGGCGCGCGGCGACACGGUGUUCUUCUGCGAGAGCGGCGGCGGCGGCAGGUGGGUGCCGGUGCACCGGUCGCAGAGCGCCUCGGGCACGAUGACCGUGAACUACCGCGGCGGCUUCUUCUUCGUCCUCGAGCAGCGCACCCUGGUCACCACGGUCAUGGACGCAUGGACCCUCGACAAGGUCGCGGAGAUCCAGCCGCCGCCCGCCGCCGCCGCCGUCGACUGCGCCCACCUGGUCGCCUCCACGGACGACGUCCUCCUGCUUGUCCACCGCGCCAGGGACAUGGACUGCGAGCUGUUCUCCGAGGUGUACCGUGCCAGGCACAAGAAGCGAAAACCGGCGUGGUCGAAGGUGACCGACAUCGGCGACCGCGCGCUGUUCGUCGACAGGCUCCAUGGCUUCUCGGUGGGCGUCGGCGGUGAGGGCGCCGCCGCCGGGAGGAUAAGGAGGAACUGCGUCUACACGAUCAGUGCCACGCCGGUGGAAGACCCGCAGGGGCGCCGCGUUGCGGUGUACCACGUCGAGGAGUUUCACGUGAACAUGCCGGAAGUGGGAGAGACGCUCGAGUACUGUCAGCUCGGAAGCUGCCGAGUUGAGCAGAUAUGGGGAGAGCCGUAUUGGAUGAUCCCAAAGAAAAGAGAACCAGCUGGAGGUUCCGUCGUUAGCAGCAGUUUAGCACUUAGCAAUGAUAGUUAACUAUAAUUUCCGUUCUCGUUUGCCUCUUUGCAUUUCUUUUGUUUUU